AUGCUUUUUGCAGAUGAUAUUGUGCUAGUUGUAGAUACUAAACAUGACCUAAAUGCAAGGUUAGAUCAGUGGCGAGCAACAUUAGGGGAAAAAGGCUUAAGGAUUAGUCGCUCUAAGACAGAGUACCUUUACAAUGACUUUAGUGGUGCAUGCGAUGGGGAGGAAACACAGAUCACCAUUAUGGGUCAAGUGGUUCCUUGGACCACCAAGUUCAAGUAUUUAGGAUCUUUUGUCCAAAAGGAUGAGGGGGCCCACCGCUUACAGGUUGGUUGGAACAGAAAGUUGGGCCAUCAAGAAAACACAAUCGCGAAAUAUGGAGGUAGCAGAGAUGAGGAUGCUAAGGUGGAUACAUGGGCACACAAGGUUAGACAAAUAAGAAAUGAGGUUUUUAGGGAAAGGUUAGGAGUUGCUAGUAUUACGGAUAAGAUAAAGGAGGGGAGAUUAAGGUGGUUUGGGCAUGUGAAGAGGAGACAAACAACGGCGCCAGUUAGAGUAGUGGAAACCAUCAAUGUGGAGGGGAGGACGAGUAGAGAUUAUUUUAGGAAACAUCAAAGAAGACUACCUCACGAAACGAGGUUUCAUAAUCAUGCGAAACGAAAAAAUUUGAUCUUGGAAGAGAUGGAAGAAUUGGAUACAACUUCAAGUCAUGAAGAUCACUCUGCAGAAGUUGAUCAUGACGACUGUAAUAAAACGGAACAUAAUCCCAGAUUGUCUAGAGAAGCGCUUUAA